UAACAGUUUUUUUUAGCCUAGCUUUUAAAUCGGCCUUUCUCGCGUCCAAGGGAUAAUUGCGUGAAGGAGCUAUUAAUGCUGUGGUUUGUGUUUUUGUGUGCAGCUGAAUGAAGGCUCGGUGGAUAGCUGGGGUAGUUUGCUAGCGAGGGUGUUUCUUUGUGACGUGGUAGCCUGCUUUGCUAACGUUGGCUGUAAAGAUACCCACAGCUGUGAGAGGUCCUGGUCGCUAGCUGUAGCCAGCGAUGUCCUCUUACGGGGUGCUUUGUGUCUAAAACUGACCUAAACGCCAGGUGGUGUGGAAGAAAAACGGGUUUCCGUGUAACUUAUUUGCCUAAAACUUACCAUGCUGGGUGGUAGCAUAGGUCUGGGCUAGGCACUGAUGCUAGCUGGUCAGCUGGAGCAGGAGCAGGUGUCUGUUGUUGCUAGGUUGCUAACGCCAAGCGUUGCCCUCUCACAAUGCCUGGUGGUGUACCGUUCUUGGCUAAUGUUUCGGUGAUAUUGCAAGUGUAUGUGUCGGCUGGUUUAUAUCUCGUUGGUCACACAAAAUCAAUAACGUCGAUCAGCAAUGGAGAGUGCUGUGAGCUAGCUUUCCAUACACUAACUGCUAUUGACAAUAGCUAAGCCAUUACUUUCCCUUUUGUCUUAGGGAGCAAGAUAGCUUCGCUAGCUCUCCAUCUGCCCUCUUUGUGGCAUCCGAUGGCUGUGAUAAGCUAUCUUGAUAACACAAGGCGAAGUUUUGCAGUGGUCGGCUUUGAGGAGAAAAAACACCUGCCCGAUUUAACAUUAGAAUACCUCAAUGUAUGUUAACUACCCGUGUGUGUGUUUUUUUUUCUCCGAAUCGUUUCGUUAUUCUGCAUUUCACCUUCCGUACAGGGCUGGUAACGUCCAGAUUUAGCAACCCCUUCUGCAAAACACGUGUAAUUAUUGAGAAACAUGUACAAUUUUACAUUUUUGUUAUUUUGUUACAUGUGCGCAAAAAGAAAAAGGGACCGAGAAGCAGCGUACAUUGUUCCAGGGGGAUCCAGGUCGUUAGUUCAUUUUAAUAAUGGCAGAUUUGAUUUGGGGCUCCCUUAAAUGUGUUACAAACAUUUCAGAACAAUACGCUCUUUGCUUACAAUGGAAUAGUAAACUUGCAUUUUAAGGUUGCUUAAUCCUCCGGGUGGUUCAUAUGAGUACAGGCUAGGUUUCUUAACGUUGCAUCACAAUUAUUUCGGGGUCCAUUGGGUCUCAUGUGCAGCUGCGACCUGUGAUUCCCGUUAGGGGAGAGAUUGGGUGUGUCAGUGGAGAGGACAGGUGCACCUCUAGUACUGAUGGGACUCCUGAACCAUCUCGGCUUGUCUGUAUAGAUUUUGGUUGUCUUUUCAAUUGUAUGAUGGCUGUGAACCAUAAAUCACAGUACUACUUAUGUAGCCUGACAGAGCCAGAGCACUUCAAACCAUUUAGAUCAAAAUACAAAUUGCACACUUUGUUUUUAUUGCAUACUGCAGGUAAAGCCUAAAAUAUUGAUCUGUUGUCACAUGCAACCCAAAAUAGGUCAUGCACAGACACCUUUUCCCAACACACACACACAGAAGACAGGAUGUUGGGAACUGCUAGUUAUCAUAUCAUGUUACCACUUACCUGUAAUCCAGCAGCACAGAAAUAGUACCAUGCCACCUGCUGCCUGGAUCCUGUUACAUUUCCAAUCACUUAAAGAGGGGCCGAUUAAUUCAAUUAUUCAGUCAUCCAUUUUCAUGGCUUAGCAGAAUACAGCGUGUUUGGUUUGUUAUUUUCCCCCAGCCUGCCCGCAAUAAUGUAUAUUGUUGAUGAAAGAGGAGACUUAAAAGGUCCUUGUUUUUUUUUUUUUUUUUGCUUCCUAACCCCACAUAUAUCAAUAACAGGGUACAAUUAGACUCGCUCUGUAACCUAUGUCAUGAUGCUUCCAGAAAUUCUGACAUUUCUGUUUCCCGUGUUUCCUGUCAUGAAAUAAAAACAGACAGUACGUUGAAUACUAAGUAUCACUUUGUUUUUGUCACCACUGACGUUGUCCCAUAUAUUCAUGCAAUGUUUCAUAUGUCAAAAUCAACAUCUGCGCAGACCGUAACAAUAUAAGUCACCCCCAGUUAUCUUUAUAGUCGUAAAACUCAACUCCUAAGCAAACACAGAAACUUUGCAUACCUCCUCCUUCCUCAGCUCCCAAUCACAUCUCCCUCCACCUGUUUUCCCGCUGUAUUAGCACCUGAUCAUGCUCCUGUCUUGCCUGGGGUUGCAUGUACUGUAUGUGUGAGAGGGAGAGAUUUUGCAUAUGGUGUACUUUUCAACCUUGUUCACCAGCUCCUAUUUCUUUACUUGGUCCAUCACACUCCACCUUUAUCAUACAUGAUCAUUAGAGUGGCAAAUACAGUACUGUAUAUUUUCUGGCGGCGACUGUGAACCUUGCACUUUUCCCUUAUUCGUCGCUUGUAAUGUUAGCGAGAGGAAUUGAGGGGAGAAAACGCAGGGCAAAACGUUGCCCUCCUUGGUGGCUUUUGUUCCUCCGCGUCUUUGUAGGGCUUGCACUUGCUCAGUGGAGCACAGCAUUUAAGUGGGCCACAAGGGAGUGCCUGAAUGGUGAGGCAGGAGGUGUGGUAGUGUGUGUGUAUAUGCGUGCGUGUGUUUGUGGAGGGGGUUGGGGUGAGGCAACAAGAGUGCGUUGUGAUGCAGGGGCUCUUUCCCUCGAUUUUUGGUGGGCCCAGUUGGAGCCAUGUUCUUUAGCCUUCAAACUGCACACACAGUGGAAUAUAAGUCUAGAUUCUCCUCUCGUCACAAGUCCUUUUAUUAGCAUUUGGUUGCAGUAAGCUGAAGGCUGCAGUUAUACUUUGCAUUUUGGUUGGCCUGCAUCCAAUGGCUUUCACGCUUCAGGGUAAAAGAGUUGCCUGUGUGUCGUGGUAGUAUAUAUAGGUGUGUCAUUUCUUUUGUGAACAUAUGUCAUAGUUUACAGUGUCUUGUCUAAAUCUGCAGAAUAUGAAUAUUUGAACGGGAUAGUAGCUUAUUGUUUUCCAGGAACCAGACUGCAGCCCGCUAACAUGUCCGACAGUGAUAGUAUAUACUCGCAUCCCCCUCCCAAAGGUGUUGAAAAUAGUCAUGCUGGAAGCAGAUGGCUUUGCGUUAAUGAAUGUCAGUGCCCCUGUAUAUUUAAAGGAAAUACAGACUGCCUUACCCACUCCUCACCCUCUCAGUGCACCAGGAACAAUUGACUCAGCUUUGCGGUCAAAUUGUGAGGUUGGUCAUCCCAACGCAAAUAAAGUCAAACCCUGCUUCCCAAGAAAAAGGCCGGUGUAAUAUUGAAGGGAAUGAGCAGGCUGUCCCUGGUGAGAUUCAGAGCUGUUAGGGGACCCGGCUUAAUUAACCAAGAGAGGCUUGUUCGUGGAAACUGUGAUGGGGAGGAGGUGGCCUUCCCCUGGAAGGAAUGGGUGAUGGUAGCCAUGCUAUUAUUAACUCAUAAACACAGGUUCACCACCAGUGUCUCACACUCUUUUCCUUGUCUUCAAAAUAGCUCAUUUUAGCCUUGUAAGUGUUGUAGACAUAAUCUUAAAUCUCUGAUGCACAAUGCAGCAACAUAGCUUUUUUAUUACCAGUAAUGACGCUAUCUGGUAAAGAUACUUUAAAAUAUAAGAUAACGUUCCAGUAGUACCUUUUGUUAGUACUGAUCCUGGACUUCCAAUCUCAACUAACGUUAAACCUGUAAAAUUGGGAACUGACUGAGCAGCGAGAAGCAUCAUCUAUUUGGAGUUUGUUAAAUAUUAACUUGUUUUAUGGCUGUGAACAUGGAGACAAGACCAUGUGUCACUGAUGCAUGAGGCUCUCAGUACAUUAAGUACUACAAGGCAGAAACAGGUGCUAGGGUAGACUUUCUCUUGAGCAGCUUUAGUAGCAUUGAUUUAAGAGAAUCUGUCGUGUUUUCUAUUAUGUUUUAGGGACGUUUUAUGUCCAGGGCUAACAAAAUCAUGAGACUAAUUUAAUAACGUAUUUAUUUCAUCGUAAAUUCUGUCUGUUACGACGCCAUAUUUGUAAAUCUACUCUGUUUAAGGGAGUCAUCAAUGCUUGAUGCCCUGUGUGUGUGUGUGGGUGUGUGUGUGUUUGUGUGCCCUGGGUCAGUGAUGCGUUGAGAUCAUUUCGUUGUUGUUCCUGAGUUGUAAAGUUGCUUUGCCAGUUAAACCGGUAGGUCGAGGGUGUUCUUGGUUUCCAGUGAUUGUGACAUUAUCUCUCUCCAGUAACACUGUGUUUUUCUCUGUCUUACUUAGGCGCCAUGCAGACCCCUGAGGCAGGCGCUGACUCCACCUCCACAGUCCCUCUUCAGACCACCGUGCCUGUCCAGCCUACCGGCUCCACCCAGCAGGUGCCUGUCCAGCAACAGGCCCAGACUGUUCAACAGGUUCAGCAUGUUUACCCAGCACAGGUGCAGUAUGUGGAGGAAAACAGUGGCGUCUACACGAAUGGCAACAUAAGAACCUACUCAUACUCAGAGCCGCAGCUGUAUAGCCAGAACAGUGGAGGGAACUACUUUGACACUCAGAGCAGCUCAUCACAAGUCUCCACUGUGGUGACGUCUCACGGCAUGACCAACAAUGGAGGAGGGGGCAGCGGAGGAAUGAGCAUGAAUCUGGCAGGGGGUCAGGUAAUCAGCACCAGUCCUGGGGCUUACAUCAUGGACAACGCUCUACCCCACCCUGUCACCCAGACGGCACGAGCUUCCCCAGCUACUAUUGAAAUGGCGAUUGAGACUCUCCAAAAAUCUGAGGGUUUGUCCAGUCAGAGAAGCUCGCUGCUCAACAGCCAUCUCCAGUGGCUGUUGGACAAUUACGAGACAGCAGAGGGCGUAAGUCUACCACGCUCCACCCUCUACAAUCAUUAUCUGCGCCACUGCCAGGAGCAGAAACUGGACCCUGUAAAUGCAGCCUCUUUCGGUAAACUUAUCCGCUCCAUCUUCAUGGGACUCCGUACAAGGCGCCUAGGGACAAGAGGGAACUCCAAAUAUCAUUACUAUGGUAUACGUGUGAAACCAGACUCGCCACUCAACAGACUCCAAGAAGACAUGCAGUACAUGGCACUCAGACAGCAACCUGUUCAGCAGAAGCAGAGGUUCAAGCCGGUGCAGAAGUUUGAUGGCUGCUCUGGGGAGAAUUACUCAGGUGGAGGCCAGCACAUUCCUGGUGCAGAAGAGCAGACAGUCAUUGCACAGAGUCAACACCACCAGCAGUUCCUUGAUGCGUCGCGGGCACUCCCUGACUUUGUAGAGCUGGACCUGGGACCGAGCAAUACAGAGAACAUCAGCCCAGAGGAUGUGAAAGCUCUCCAGUCCCUUUACAGAGAGCACUGUGAGGCUAUCCUGGAUGUGGUUGUCAAUCUCCAGUUCAGUCUAAUUGAGAAGUUGUGGCAGACAUUCUGGCGUUAUUCUCCCCCGGACUCUGUAGAGGGUGCCACUGUAACAGAAAACAGCAGCUUAAGUGAGAUUGAAGCACGGCUGCCCCAUUCACAGCUAUUGGAACUGUGCAGAAGCGAGGCGGUACUCAAAUGGAUGAGUACCUGUGACCAUCUAAUGUACCAGGCCCUCGUGGAGAUCCUCAUCCCUGAUGUCCUGAGACCCAUUCCCAGUGCCUUGACUCAAGCCAUUCGCAACUUUGCCAAAAGCCUGGAAGGUUGGCUCAAUAAUGCCAUGAAUGCCAUUCCACAGAGAAUGAUCCAGACGAAGAUUGCCGCUGUUAGUGCCUUUGCGCAAACACUGCGCAGAUACACAUCUCUGAACCACCUGGCUCAGGCGGCACGUGCUGUUUUGCAAAACACAUCACAGAUUAACCAGAUGCUGAGCGAUCUCAACCGUGUUGACUUUGCCAACGUACAGGAGCAGGCAUCAUGGGUGUGCCAGUGUGAGGAGGGAGUUGUUCAGCACUUGGAGCAGGACUUCAAGGCCACACUACAGCAGCAAAGCUCUCUGGAGCAAUGGGCAGCUUGGCUGGAAAAUGUGGUCACUCAGGUGCUCAAGCCUUACGAGCACCAGUCCAGCUUCCCCAGGGCAGCUCGACAGUUCCUGCUCAAGUGGUCCUUCUACAGUUCUAUGGUGAUCAGGGACCUGACCCUUCGCAGUGCUGCCAGCUUUGGUUCCUUCCACCUGAUUCGCCUGCUGUACGAUGAGUACAUGUUUUACCUUGUGGAGCAUCGCGUGGCACAAGCUACCGGAGAGACACCCAUUGGUGUCAUGGGGGAGUUCGACAGCCUCAACACGCUGUCCCUCUCUAACAUUGAUAAAGAUGAAACCAGCGGGAUGGACAGCGACUUAGAAGACGACAUAGAGGAGACGGGGGAACCUCUCGCCAAGCGAGAAAAGUCUGAGCACGAGGUGAUCCAGGUGAUCCAGGUCGGGGCCCUGGAGGACGGGUCCCACCCUGUGGUGGGGGUCGUCCAGCCAGGUGUCCUCCACUCGCUGCCCCAGCCCCCGCAGGACCACACUGAGCACAUCCUAACCCCUUCUGCCGCUACUCCCACCAUCCGCCACUGCAGCGCCACAGGCAACACCUACGCCUCCGUUUGACGGUCUAAAGGGCACGGCCAGCCUUUGUUAGGCCUGUUUCGCUAUCUCACUCUCCACAUAUCUCUCUCUCAGUAAGUCUAGAUGUUUCCGUCUUUUUCAUGCAUCGUCUCUGUCUGCACGUGUGCGGACAUGCUCUCCUCGCCAUAUCUAAACCUGUCAGUGGGGGGGGGGGGAGUGCUGAAAUGAUGAUGAUACUCUGGCCAAGAUGUGCUGUCCGUGUCUGACUGCUUAGAUUCUGGAUGUGGUGUCGUCCCAUAAGGUUGUGCUCUAUCGCAAUGCGGCAGAUGCAGGAGGACUAAUUUGACCUGGUAAAUGUUUGUUGACUCAAGGCCUCAUGUCUGUCUGUACAGACGGUUUUGUCUUGAAAGAAAAUUCAACUACUGAUGUCUCAGAGCUCAGAUCCAUGUCACCAGCCCCCGUGGUGCAGAGUCAUCGAUUGACUCAAGACCUUCACCUAUUGUAAAUAGUUCUGCUGUACUUUCAAUUGGUAUUACCCAAAAACUCAUGGUGCUAUCAUUGUGUUCUGUUUUGUUUUGAUUUCCAUUUUUAUCCCUCCUAAUUUGAGCAUGAUUUAUGUCCACAUGCAUUCCAACUGCUGAUAAACGUUUGGCUGAACAAAAUAUUUUGAGUAUUGUAUGUAGCUAAAAACAUUAAAGGGAGGACUUUCUAUGUAUGUGUGGCAUUUGAAAAAGGAUCAUGGGGCAGUUUUGUCUGUUCUGUUUGAAUUUCAUACGGUAGCCACCCACUGACGACCACUUAUAGAUUUUAGCCACAGAAAAGGAAACCCCUAAAGAAGUAUCUGUGCUGCUACUUGUGUAUAUAGAAAUGAGAUUGAAAAGACCAGCUGUACAAAACCACUUCCUCAAUGCUAGCUUUUCUAUGCACCCCGUGCAUAACGCUUGCCUUUGUUCAUUGUAGAUGCUCUGUAGUGUUGGUGUACGUGACCAGCUGUAAUCUUGAAAAAAAUUUACUGGACAUGUUCCCCUGUUUUUCUUUUUUUUGUUUUUUUUUUUCUGCAGUUUCUGUCUUAAUGAAAUAUCUUAAGUUCACAAAGGACCAAAAAAAAAAAAAAAACAACAAGCUGAGAGGGAGCCACUUGGGCCACCCAAGAGCUGUCUCCUGUCCCACAGUGCCAUGUCGCAGAGCAGACGGAAUGUCAGGGAUUUAAUGUACCUCGGC